GCCGCACCGGCGCGAUGGGCGAUGGGCGCUGGGCGGGAAGUUGAUAGGCGGCUGCCUCACGUGAGAAGCUGAAAAGGGAAGAGCCGGGGUUGCGCGGGACGGAGCUGUGGUGCGGGGAGGAGCUUGUCCACCAUGAGGAUGCAAUACCUGCUCCCUACUCUGCUGUCCCUCUCGCUUGUGUUGCUGGGGCCUGGCGAUGGAGUCAUUGUAUUGUCUGUCCCUGAAGUGGUUUCGUUAGAAAGUGGAAGUUCAACAAAUGUCACUAUAUCUCUGAGGGCUCCAUUAAAUGAGACACUGGUCAUAACUCUUAAUAUUACACACUCAUCAAAACACAGAACCAUUGUUGAACUGCCUGAUGAAGUACAAUUGCCUGCAGGUCACACUAAAGCAGACUUCCAAGUGAAAGCAGAUGAUGUUGGACAAGUAACAGUUUAUCUUUAUACCAUUAAUUCCAACUUAACUGGACCUAGGAUUCAAUUUCAAGUGAUUCAUAGCAUUGUGGUGAGAUAUGCUGAUGAGGUGAUUGGCUGGAUCUAUUUCCUCGCCUGGUCUAUCUCCUUUUAUCCUCAGCUCUUUGAGAACUGGCGACGAAAAAGUGUUGUUGGACUAAGCUUUGACUUUAUAGCAUUAAACCUUACAGGCUUUAUAGCAUACAGUGUAUUUAAUGUUGGACUUUUCUGGAUUCCCUUUAUUAAGGAGGAAUUCUUAGUCAGUUAUCCCAGUGGGGUGAACCCUGUGGCUAUCAAUGAUGUUUUCUUCAGUCUCCACGCAGUAGCUCUAACUCUCCUCGUUGUAAUUCAGUGCUGCAUCUACGAGAGAGCAGGUCAGAAAGUAUCCAAAGUUGUUGUUGGACUACUGGCACUUGCAUGGAUCUUCACAUUUACAACACUGUUUCUUGCUGCAGCUGAGGAAAUGACAUGGCUGCAGUUCUUAUUCUGUUUCUCUUACAUUAAGUUAGCAGUCACACUGAUAAAAUAUUUUCCACAGGCAUACAUGAAUUUCCGUCGGAAGAGUACUGAGGGAUGGAGUAUUGGAAAUGUAUUACUAGACUUCACUGGUGGAAGCUUCAGCCUUCUCCAGAUGUUUUUGCAGUCAUACAACAAUGAUCAGUGGAAGUUAAUCUUUGGAGAUCCAACCAAGUUUGGCCUGGGUGUCUUCUCCAUCAUCUUUGAUAUUGUUUUUAUGGUCCAGCACUACUGCCUAUAUAGGAGACGAGGGUACGAACCUUGUGAAUAACAUCACUUGUGAAGACAAAAACUUUAAAUGGAACUUGCCCCCUUGAGGGCCUUCAAGAUGCCUGCUGCCAGUUACCAGAAAUACUGAUUCUGAUCUCUGUACUUUGAUCCUCUCUGGUAUGGAAUACAAGCUGUUGCCUCACCAAAUGCUGAUUGCCAGAUGCCUUAAAGGACAGCAAGCUAUCUAGCCACCACUUGCAAAUGGAGUACUCAUGCUUGUUGAAGCUGUAAAGGCAGCUUAAUGUGAGCUGUCCAAGCACCACGUGGCUCUUUUUUCCAUUAACAACAGGAAAGAGAAAGACCAGAGCGAUGUCCUUCUGAGUGGAAGUGAAGCACAAAGAGCAGAGUUCUGGCUUCCAAAAAUCUGAGGUCAUGUUUAAGCAACCCCUUAAUAUCUUGAUGUAAUGACUGAAGACUGUGGAUUUAAGUGCUGCUGCUGACUCCUCACAGACAGAUCACAGUAGAACACCACUCAAAUUGACUGCUAACAGCUGUAGUGGCACACAAAAGAAUGAGGUUGGUAGCAAAUACAUAAAUACUAGAACCUGAACUCUAUAAAAAUACUGAGAAGUGGCAAAAACUAUUCUUAUUUCACUGAAAGCUUUUUCAAAGGUGUCAAGACAAGUGCUCAGAUUUAUCUGAAUACUUCUCAUGUGCUAACUUCAUUUUGCUCAGUUCUACUGACAUGCCUUGAAUCCUAAACAGGGGAUGGCAAAGAUUAAAGAGUUAUCAAAGAGAUAAUUUUUAAGUAGAUCAUGUUAACAGCCUUGUGAUUAAAGUUUAAACACAUG